AUGUCUCCAUGUUUGUCUCUCCUGGUGUUGCUGGCGUCUGUCGUUUUAGCAAAAAGCUUUUUAAGCAAGAAGCCUCGUUGUUACCUGCCGCCUCCACGCAAACACCACUUUGGAGUCAAAACCGCAGCCAGGCCUCAUGAGCUGCUGAACCUGGCCUUGCUGCCAAAGUCCUGGGACUGGAGGAACGUGAACGGCGUCAACUACGUGAGCGCCACUCGGAACCAACACAUCCCUCAGUACUGCGGGUCCUGCUGGGCUCACGGCAGCACCAGCGCCAUGGCAGAUCGCAUCAACAUCAAGCGGCGAGCGGCGUGGCCUUCAGCCUACCUGUCCGUGCAGCACGUGUUGGACUGUGCCGCCUCGGGCACCUGUCACGGCGGGGACCACGGCGGCGUGUGGGAGUACGCCCACAAGCACGGCAUCCCCGACGAGACCUGCAACAACUACCAAGCCAUCGAUCAGAAAUGCCACCCUUUCAACGCGUGCGGGACGUGUGUGACGUUUGGCGAGUGCAGCAAGGUGCAGAACUACACUUUGUGGCGAGUCGGCGACUUUGGCGCCAUCAGCGGAAGGGAGAACAUGAUGGCGGAAAUCUACUCCAAAGGACCAAUCAGCUGCGGCAUCAUGGCCACAGAGAAACUGGACGCCUACACGGGAGGACUGUACAUGGAGUACAUGGAGCAUCCUGAAGUCAACCACGUCGUGUCAGUGGCUGGGUGGGGGGUCGAAAACGGCACCGAGUACUGGAUCGUGCGGAACUCGUGGGGGGAGCCGUGGGGCGAGAGAGGCUGGCUGAGGAUUGUGACGAGUGCCUACAAAGGAGAGAGUGGGCCUCUCUACAACCUGGCUGUGGAGGAGGACUGCAUGUAUGGAGAUGUUCUCAUGCCAUCACAGCACUCGUAGAUUUAGCUGCAUUUGGUCGUCUUGUU